AUGAAUAAAGAGUAUCGAGGAGAAGUGGAACUUAAGUUGACUACUUUGGAAGCAAUGGGAAUAACAGGAGGACGCUGUUUGAUUAGAUAUUACCCAGUUAAUAUGUCACGGGAUGAAAUACUGAAACUCGAAAAUCGCCUUGCUGAAGAAUAUAAACGGAAGAAAAAGCUAGAAAAAGUGUAUGAAACACGUAAAACGGAAAAUGAACGUCGAUUGCAGUUAGAAAACGAAAGGGAAGAGAUUUUUGAACGCGAACUAAAAGUGAAACGUGAAGCCGAGGCAGCUCUUUUAUUAGAGCGCAGUCAAGAAGCUAGCAGGCAAGAAGCUUGGAUCAUUAAUCAAUUCUACAAUCUUGAAACCGCACUUCAUACUAUACCAUCAGGAGGUCUAUCUCAAGCUGCAGUAGGACAUGUUGUCGAGUCUCAAAGGUGGCCUCAACCUUCAUCACGUCUCAAUCAACUACAGUCUAUCCUUAAUCAAGUAAAUAUCAGUUUAGCUACAAAUAGAGUUGAUUUUCCUGGUGAACAGCUUAUUGGAGAUGAUGGCAGAAUACAUAUUAGUGACUUACAGACUGCGGCACGAGCGCACGAUAGUAGUAAUAUUUGCAACUCCAUUACAUCCUCCUCCGAAGUGUCAUGUUUAACUAUUGAAAAAUGUAACCGAAUGCCGGUUAUCAUAAAGCAAGAUUUGGAAUUGAAUGAAAGUGUAAGAGAUGUAGUCGGAAAGCACGAUGAUAUUGAUGAUCAAUUUUUCGAACUUACGGUCAACGAUGUACAGAGUAUUCGUCGAGAUCUUAUAGCAGAAGCAGGUAUACAGGAGCAAAGAGCUUUAAUACCGAACACAUAUGUCACUGAAAAGAAUAAGCGCCGAAAAGAAGAAAGUUACAAACAUACUGUAGUACGAUUCAAUUGUGCUGAUAAAACGGUUAUACAAGCUCAGUUUAUCUCACGAGAACCCGUGUCAAGAUUGUUUGAGUUCAUAAUGGAAAAUUUGGAAAAUUCAGCGGUAAAAUUUGAUCUGUGUCUUGCAAAUCAAAGACUUUCGUCAACCACUUUAAAAAAUUUAAUUGAAGUUGGUAUUGCUCCGAAAUCUGUACUGUAUAUACGAUUUCAUUCACCGGAAAAUACAUUUGAUGCUAAUUUUGUGCGGGAUAAAUUCUGUGAAGUUCCCAUGGCGGAAGCUGAUGAGCUCAGCCGAGAAUGGUUAUCGGUAAACAGUACUUAUCAACCGUACGUUCCAAAAGUGAUAAAUGUUGAAGAUGUUCGACCAAAUGGAAAACGUCAAUCGAAAUCAAUAGAAAGUGAUGCAGGCCCCUCUAAAUUGAAGCAACGACCCGUAGAAAAUCUACCAAAGUGGUUCAAAAAAUCAUAA